ACUCUGACAGAAGCUCACCGUUUCUCCUACCUACCACGCAGACCAGCUGUAAAUAUUGAGUUUAAAGAACUGUCGUACUCUGUCCAAGAAGGGCCAUGGUGGAGGAAGAAAGGUGAGGAAAAGUAAUAUUUUAGCUACUAUACAAAUGUUAUUGGCUAUGUGGAUAGUUGUGGUAGCUGAAAUGAGUCUGUUGUGGGUUAGUGAAGCAAAGCAAGUAAGGGAAGCAUGUUUUCACAGUGCUUUUUAUUUGUGUUCUUAAUAUAUCAAACUCCUAAGAGUAUGAAAAUAAAUAGUUCCCUCUAAGUAAAAAAAAAAAAAAACCCAACAACAUAAAGAACAAAGUAUUAUGUAUUAUGUGUUAUGUGUGUAUUAUGUAUUAUGGCUGAAGGGAGCAUAAAGAAGCUGUUACAGGACUGAUUCAAAGUCCAGGUGCAGUAUUUGUUCCAGCUCUGGAAGCAGACACUGCUUUGUUUUGAGGAAUGUGGAGGCAGUGGGGAACUUUCCUGCACUCUGAGAAACUGGAAAUUCUGCAGCUCAUUUAACUGCUUGCUUCUCAUUUCUCAAGUAUCUGAAGUAUGUACUGUACUUCUGUGCUGCCAGUCAUCUGUCCUUGUGUUUUUUGCCUGUUUAUUGUUGGUGAUUAGAGCAUGCGGUCUCUUAAAGACAGAGGCUGGGGAAAAAGGGGUGGUUUUUUUUUUGUUGUUGUUGUUGUUUGUGUGUUUUACUUUUACAAUGAGGUUUUGUCAAAUAGUUAUUUUUUAAGUACUCUUUAAGAACACCAAGCAUCUCAGAAUUUCAGAAGGCAUUUGAAACCAAGAUGGUUAUUCUCUUAAAACAUUGUGCUUGGAAAUCAGUGCCAUGGGCUGUAGCAUUGUCAGCUCUUCCAAGACUCUUGCUUUUCUCAGUUACGCAUCUUUAAGUUUACCAUUUAAGUUUACCAUUUAAGUAUACCAGACCAGCCCUUUAAACCAUUGACAUAUUUUAACUGAUGAAAUUGCUGGCUAUUGCUAGGACUAACUCCUGAGCUUUAGUCAAGCACCAGGAUGCUAUUUUUCUAGCUAAUUUGCUAAUACACAACAUAGAGUUCUCAACCUGGAAAAUGUCCAUACCAUCAGAAUGCGUGUCAAGAAAUUGAAGCAUUACCACUUUCUUCUCACAAUAUGAUUUCCCUUAUAGUUCUGAGAUGUUGCUUCCAGUGCUGAAAUAUUGAUGGGAGUUGGGAGGGCAUGUUCAACUCUGUUCUUUAUAUACUUAUGGUCUCUUACAGUUUUGAAAGGUGGGUGUGAAGUGGUUCUGUCCUUUUUCAUCUGUUUUGCAUUCAUUCUUUUUAUACUUUCAUCUGCUUUGUUGUAGCUGUGUGUUUUCAGGGCAAUUUUUGUGUAUGUGUGUGUGUAUAAGUGUGUGACUAGUCGUCUUUCUCACAGGAAAACUAGGUCGUGAAAUAAAUUCCUCCCAGUGAAAAGAAGGAAGCCCAAAAGAAAUUACUGAAAUAUUAAGGAAAGUUUUGUGUGCUAAGUGACAUAAUUGCUCUUCCUUAAGGAAUUCUCUCUUAGUAAUGUAAAUUGGUACGGUUGCAUGCUUUAGUUCUUUUUAAACGAUAAGACCCUGCCAGUGUGGUGCUUGACUGAGCCAUACUAGGUACCUGCACUUGCUUUGUGUCUAUAAGUCCACUAGCUUAGGAGUUCCACUUGAAAUUGUUUUGCAAAGUACAUUGCUGCUGACUGGAAAUUUUGGCACUAUCACAGCACCGAAGCUUUAAUUGUAGAGAAAUGUGUGAUAUGAAAAACACUGUGUUGUGGCCACGGAAGUGGUUCUGUAUCUGAAUAGCCUAAGCAUACAGUUAAUCAUUUGUUGAAGGAAGUGCAAACUUGUGGCUUUAAUUUUUUUUUUCAGUGUCAAAACUGUAUGUUUGCACACAUCUUCUAUAGUUAGGUAGUAAGAUUGCAUGUAGAACUUAGCUUGACAACAACUUUCAUGCAUUCAAAAGUAUUUUUCAUCUUAUUAGAACAAACUCAAAUUUUAAAGUCCUUUUUGCUCUAAUAAAUGAAACUAUGUCACACUAUAUUGCAUAGGUUUUAAAAACCUGAGGAUUUUAACUGGACCUCUUCCUCACUGGCCAGAAAUGGUCAAGAAGUUCCAAACCAAAAACUGCUGAUCACAUUUGUUAAGAUGUCUGAGGGUGACUUCGCUUGAACCAAACGGCACAUCCCAACAAAAUGUCUUGUUGCAAAAAAGGACCUGCUGUGGCAUUUGGCCGUAGGGCAUGAAUGACUGUUAGACAUGGAUUCUCCAACUUCUGGGUAUCAGUGAGCAGGAGUUCUUAUUCUCCACUCCUCACUUGGCCUUGCACCUUGUAUGUCUUUCCUUGGAUCACUAAGGUCAGCUGCCGAGUGGCUGUGAGGAAUACUGUCUGUCAGCAGGUCUUGGCACUCUUCUGCUGACCAGGGAUCUAAAAGAUCUGGGUAGAGUUUAUUCAGCCAAUCUGAAUAAGAGCCAAAGUGUCUUUCCACUGCAAGUAAGGCAAAUAACAUAAUGAGCUACCUUUAAAGGAUGCGGCCAGGAGGUGGAGAGAAGUUAUCCUUCUCCAGUUAACAUUACUGAGAACACAACAGGAACAUUGUAUCUGGUUUGCGCCCUGCAGUUCAACAGAGGUAGUGGGAGGUUGGAAAGGGUCUGUCAAAGAAGUGAAAAAUUGACUGGGGACCUAUGAAGAGAGACUGGGGAAGCUGGUCUUGUUUGGUUGAGUGAAGGGAAAACUGAGGGAUCAUCCUGUAGCGGUUUACAGCUACUCAAAGGGCAGCUCUAAAGACACUGGAGCCAAAUUCCUGUAGGUAUUGCCAGCUGAUAUACGUGGCCACUGGCCAUGUACUGCACUUUAAAUGGCUUACAGUGGAUGUUAGGAAAUUUUUUUUUUACCUGUAGAGAAAUGCAGUUCUGGGACAAUUCACUCAGAUGGUGUAGUGUCUCCACGCGGGGAGGUUUAGAAGAUUGGGCUGGGCAGAGCCACAGCUGGCAUGAUCUGGUGUUGGUGAAUAUCAUGUUUUGAGUGGAAGGCUAGGUUAUAUCUCCAGAGGUCCCUUCCAAGCAACUCUUCUAUGAUUCACUGAGGUACUAACCAGACUACAGAAACCUAGAAAGAAACUUUCUUCACAGCUAUGUUCCUACUCCAGGAAUUGACUCCAGUGUAUUGAUUUUAAUAGAGAAGCUUUUCCAGUAGCAAAAUAGAAGACUGAAAAAGGAAUUGCCUAAAUAAUCUCAAAUGAAGGUAGGCAUCAAAGUAUUAGGUUCAGGAAAUGGGUAAUGUUUUACCCUCAAAUGCUGGUGACUCUUUUAGUUGUGCACUCGGCUGGGAUUCCCUGCACUAAAAGGAUUUCUCAUUGCUAUGAAGUGAGAUGUUUAAAUUGACCAAGAUCAUCUAGUCCAACUGUCCACCUACCGCCAAUAUUUCUCCACUAGGUAAAAGGUAGAAAGUCCAGUGUUGGAAAUGCAACUGAUAUAAAAAAUCAAAGCAAACAAACCAACCAGAAAAACCAAACAACAGUAAGCUUGUAUGUACAAGCUUAAAAAAAGAGAAGAAAAGAGAAAAUGGAAGAUGUCUCUCAGUUCAUACUGUUCUUUGGUGCUGUUCAUAGCAGUAAGGGACAAGGGAUUCCAUUCUAAAAAUGGCCUUUUAAACUAGUGGUGUUUCUAUUCUGAAAUCGAGCUUGACAAAAAGUCUGGUAUUUCUAUGUUUUUCUCCAAAACUGUGAUAAAUUAAUGAAAAACUUUCAGUGAGUGUUGGAUCACAAAGGGAGAAGCAUGGUUUGUUCUCAAAGACAAUUUGUGUUAAUAUGGUGGAGAGGAAUUCAACUAAAAAGCAACAAUCAAGAAAUGUACUCCCCUCAGCGAGGAUGGUAUUGUGAAGUAAUAUUAAGGUUAGACUAUAAAUUAACAAAAGGAGGACUCGUGAGUAAUUCAGCCAUUGUGUUCUGUACUUUGCUGUAUCAUUCAGACAGUUAAACUAAUGAUUUGUAAUAUCAUUUACUCUUAUUAAAAGCACAAAGAAGGUGAAUUUGAAUUGCUUGUCAACAGUAAAAAAAAGAAAGGCAACUAAAUAUGACAUAUUAGUCUUCAAGUUAGAAUUCUUCAUUGAUUUGUCUUGGCCUUAACAUGCUUAAUUUAUCUACUAGAUCUCUUUUUCUCUUUAGAAACAAGAAAGUGUAUUUUCAUUCUCAGAAUUAUCUGAUAAAUGCAUCUUGCUACAAAAAAGCUUGUUCCACUUGUUUUAAUGAAUUUUCAUUAAACUUAUAGUAAAGACUUGGUAUAGUAAAGACUAAGAUUAGUAAAGACUAGUAAAGAUUGAUUCAUGGUGUAAUUCUACUUGAAGUCAGUGGUGCUAACAGGAAUGAAUCUGGCAAGUGAGCACUUGAUCAAAGAAGCCGUAUUUGCCCCAUUCAGUUCAGUAACAGUUCUUAUCAAUAUGAGAAUUUGGAAAAUGCUACCAAGAUAAAAUUUUCCGAAGGUCUCACAUAGCUCAGGGAAUUACUCAACCGGUAGGAUGAACUCGUUCUGAAGUUCUGAAUGAAAGAGACUGAUUAAUGACUUGAUCCAGAUCUUUUGAGGUUAAGGAUCAUAGCCUAACCACUGUCUUCCAGAGCCAAAAAUGUCUCGCUCUUUGAUUCCAAUCUUUGUUCUAGCAUGUGCCGAAAGUCUCCUGCAGGUCAGCAAGAUUCAAGAUUUCCAUAAGAUACCUCCAGGACUGCUGGAGCAGACACUUUGUUUUGUAAGUUUAAGAUGAACUGGCAAAGCAAGAGAAAGGAAAAUUCAGCACUCAAAGAAGUAAUAAAACUGCUUAGUCCUAGAAUGCCUUCUCUUUCAGGAUGGGGGAGCCAGCUGAUUCAGAGGGGAAGAGGAGGGUCCUCUAUGAGAUGACAUGGGCUUCUUAAAUGAGGAAAUGCAAUGUCAAAGAGCUUCAGAGCAAACCAUGCUCAAAAUUUCACUGUCUUAUCGGGUUGAGAAAGAGCUGUGACAGCGCCUCUUAUCUUGGCUUCUGAACUACCUGCUUAAACUGUAUUUCAGAUUGAAAAGUGCAGCUUAAAAUACAAACUACAGAACCAUGUAUUGAGGCAUAGGUUUUAAAUGCAGAACUGCCUGAAAACUGUUUGCAAGAGGAUUUUAUAGAAAAGUCAGUGCUUUAGCUUUGUACUGCUGUUGUUGUGAGCGCCAUAAAGUAAUCUGAAUGAGUGAUUUCAACAUAAUUUUAUGGAUAGUCCCAAAUAUGAGGAAGGCACAAUAAGUAGCUUGCAGUCUUCUGUCUUGCCAUAAUUCUUUCAGUGUUAGUUUGAUUCUAUAUACACAUGCACAAAAAAAAGACAUUUAUCCUUUUGUUUCUAGAUGUUUUUGCCACAACAUAGGAAUCUAUCGUUUCUACAUAAUUUGAGCGUGUCUGGGAAGAAAAUAGGAAUAAAGUGGCUGUUAAAACUCCACAGGAGGAACUUGGGAAUUCAUUUUUUUUCUAGCGCUUGUCAGUAUUCGUGGUUAAUUAGGCAAUAGUGUAGUUGGAAAUUUCUCCAUUGUUAUUUUGAGAAAUUUUAUGACUCAUUUGUACUGCCUCGGGAUGGAGGUGCUGGUAGGGUUUGAUCUCUAGUAACCUCUCAGGGAAGGGGUUCCAGCCAGUCAAGCUGCAAUCUGGUCUACUUAUCGAGGGGAUUAGCAGCAACAGAAAUACAUGCUCAGCAGAAAAAGCCAUCAUUCCACUAUUCUGGGGUUAUUGCAAUAGCUCAGACCCUGGGAAAACGAGUCGUUUGAGAGGUCCUGUAUUUUCUUACAAGAUUACAGCUUCAUAACUUUGAGAUGGAGCGCAUGAAACAUGCCGAGGAGGUUUGCCUGUGAAAGGAUGGAGGAGAUGGACAGUGUUUAUUCUAAAUGGCUCCAUGGUGUCCAGUGGGGAAAUACGGAAUGUUUGGCAGGUUGCUCAGCAUUCGUGAAAGGCACUGAAUGUGUUCAUCGUAGUCUGAGAUGGUGUCAUCAGAACAGCUGAUACUGAUGUUUUAGCUGAGAGGUUAUAAGACCCUUUUAAAAGGAAUUUCAGGGAAGUUCAGCAGUGGAGAACUUGUUGCAAUUAUGGGUCCUUCAGGAGCUGGAAAGUCAACACUCAUGAACAUUCUGGCAGGAUACAGGGAGACUGGAAUGAAAGGAGAAAUUCUUAUCAAUGGGCAGCCUCGUGACCUACGCUCUUUUCGCAAAGUCUCCUGCUACAUCAUGCAAGAUGACAUGCUCCUUCCUCAUCUGACUGUCCAAGAAGCUAUGAUGGUAUCUGCUCAUCUGAAACUUCAAGAAAAAGAUGAAGGCAGAAGAGAAAUGGUAAAGGAAAUAUUGACAGCCCUCGGUUUGCUAACCUGUGCCAAUACAAGGACUGGGAGUCUUUCUGGAGGCCAGAGAAAGCGUCUUGCCAUUGCUUUGGAGCUGGUGAACAAUCCUCCUGUUAUGUUUUUUGAUGAACCAACCAGUGGCUUGGAUAGUGCAUCAUGUUUUCAAGUUGUCUCUCUGAUGAAAGCUUUAGCCCAAGGUGGCCGGUCCAUCAUCUGCACAAUUCAUCAGCCCAGUGCUAAACUCUUUGAGUUGUUUGAUCAGCUCUAUGUUUUAAGUCAAGGUCAAUGUAUUUACCGGGGAAAAGUAUUAAACCUUGUCCCUUACUUAAGAGAUUUGGGUUUGAAUUGUCCAACCUAUCACAAUCCUGCAGAUUUUGUUAUGGAAGUAGCAUCUGGUGAAUAUGGAGACCAGAACAGCCGACUGGUAAGGGCAGUACGGGAGAGGAUAUGUGACACAGACUACAAGAGAGAUGUUGGUGGUGAGAAUGAGUUGAAUCCCUUUCUCUGGCACCGGCCCUCUGAAGAGGAUUCCUCCUCCACAGAAGGCUGCCACAGCUUCUCCGCCAGCUGCCUAACCCAAUUCUGUAUCCUCUUCAAAAGAACUUUUCUCACCAUCAUGAGGGAUUCAGUCCUAACACAUUUGCGUAUCACCUCACACAUUGGAAUUGGUCUGCUUAUUGGCUUGCUCUACUUAGGCAUUGGCAAUGAAGCUAAGAAGGUUCUCAGCAAUUCUGGCUUCCUCUUUUUUUCCAUGUUGUUUCUUAUGUUUGCUGCACUCAUGCCAACUGUCCUUACAUUUCCUCUUGAGAUGGGAGUGUUUCUUAGAGAGCAUCUGAACUACUGGUACAGCCUGAAAGCCUACUAUCUUGCCAAAACAAUGGCUGAUGUUCCUUUUCAGAUCAUGUUUCCUGUAGCUUACUGCAGCAUCGUGUACUGGAUGACUUCACAGCCAUCUGAUGCACUCCGAUUUGUCCUCUUUGCAGCUUUGGGAACCAUGACAUCCCUGGUGGCACAGUCACUGGGUCUUCUCAUAGGUGCAGCCUCUACGUCUCUCCAGGUAGCCACUUUUGUGGGUCCAGUUACUGCCAUUCCAGUGCUUCUGUUUUCUGGGUUUUUUGUCAGCUUUGAUACCAUCCCAACAUACCUCCAGUGGAUGUCCUACAUUUCCUAUGUCAGAUACGGGUUCGAAGGAGUUAUUCUCUCCAUCUAUGGACUGGAUCGAGAAGAUCUGCAUUGUGACAAAGAUGAUACUUGCCAUUUUCAAAAAUCAGAGGCCAUUCUGAGAGAACUUGAUGUAGAAAAUGCCAAACUUUACCUGGACUUCAUUGUUCUUGGAAUUUUCUUCUUCUCCCUGCGUCUAAUUGCCUAUUUUGUUCUCAGAUACAAAAUCCGAGCAGAGAGGUAGAGGAAAAACAACCAAAAUGAUGCAGUAGGAAGAUCUUUAGACAUACAGUAGAGGGCAGUUGACAUUGUCUCACUGUGGCAGGCCCGUCUCCAGUGCCCAGCUAGAUGCUGUUAUGACCUAGCCCAUAGAGAACCACACUGGGAUAGAGGACAUAUAGUGUUACGUCAAUCAGUCCAGUUGGGUUGGGUCAUGUUUUCAUUACACUUUCUAGCUUUAACUAGGAAGAAGAAAUAGAAGGGAAUUUUACAACACAGAAUAUUAAUACUGAGACAGUGUAACUGUAAUAAUAAUAAAAAAAACAACUGGUUGCAGGAAAUUUCCUUAUGAAAACCAAUUAUGCGAUAAGGUAAUUCAAGUCCUGGUAGCCAGAAUAGUAUAAUGUCAUCUAUAGGUGACAAGAUAAUGAGAUGUAAAAUGAGAAAUGCAAAGAAAAUAGGAUUAUCUCAUCUUUUUAAAUUCAAGAGUUUCAUCUUUGUGGUUUUCUGUGUAUUAUUUUACAGUUAUUUUCCAUGGCAUUACCCCUGCUGGCCAAAAGUCUGUAACUGUAAUAAUUAAUAAGGAAAAGACAUCUUUUUGAUAUGGGUACUUUUUAAAAACAGAAAAAAAAGUCUAAAAUGAUUCAAGUUAUUACUUUUGUUUCUGUUUAAAUGUAGAAUUCUGGUGCUUUACUUGUCGAGCUGGUCUCAUAUCUGAAAAUUGUCAUGAUAGGAGGACAGGGCAGAUUCUGACUCUGCACUAAGUCUGUGAUCCAUACUUGGAAGCAACAAUGGAUAGCACAGACAUGUUCAAGCUACUGCUGAAUGAUUGAAAAUAUGUUCUUAUGCAGUGUCUUUUAAAUCCUAAAGAAUUGCUAUCUUGAAAAUACUGAUACUGCUCCUUAUCUGUUUGAUCUACCUCCUGUGAAUGAAAAGAUCAGAGCACUCCAAGGCUCAUUUUUUCUUAAAUUAUGAAAGCAGAAUCUAUCGCUAAAGUCUAAGAAAUCAUCUGAUGGAGUCUAAGGUCUGUCUAUAGUUCAGAGCUUGGAGUGUUGUGUUAAACCACUUGUGACUGCCUUGUAUGUCAGUGUUCGAAAUACCUGUUAAAAAUGACUUGUAGGAGUCCCCUCAGAUUAUGCAGAGGGCCUUGUAACACUGCAGGCCAGGCGGUUUUGUUCUUAUCAGAAAGUCUACAUAAGUGAAAUGAAAAUUAACAGCAAAUUGAUCUAAACACCAGUGAAACUAUUGCAAGAGGCAUGCAUUUGUUUUGUAUAUCACCAUUGUAAACUUGUUGACGAAUUCUGGCUCUGAGUUGUUAGGAAUUUUGUUACUGAUUUUCAUGGGUAUGGAUUGGCAACUCAAAAUGGGACCUGUGCCCAUGUUGGACCCCCUCGUGAAAUUCUUUGUGAAUCCCAGUACCUUCUGCAGUUAUUGUCCAUUUACCUAAGUGUCAUAGAUAUCCGAGCCAGACCUACACAUUCUAUAAAUGCAUUAUUCCUAACAGGGUGCUGAAGUCUUGUAGACUGGAAGCAGCUCAGUGACUGCAAGCCACUCAGGAGCUUGGUAAUUCAUAACGGUAGAGUAGAUGAAGAGACACCUUGUGCAUCUGCUCAUGAUCAAUUACAGUCCACAGACUACGUUUGAGGACUCCACAGCUACAUCUUUCCUGGUUAACUAAAUAAUGCCAGAACCUGAUCUCUAGCCUUUAGGCCAGUUUGCACAAUCUGCUAUCUCGUUAAUCCUUAAACAACCGGGACUGCUAGGAAUAAUCUCUGCCCUAUGCUAACUUCAGAUGCUCUCUGAAAAAGCUUGGGUUGUGCUGGGCUACAACUCUGCCAUUCAUUUUUCAGUGAAGACAGUUUGCUAGUUUUCCAUACCCAUGCCCAGACAUGCAGACACAGACCAUGUAUACCUAUUAAAAUCAGCAUACUUGAAUUAAGCCAGUGUUCCAGAAGACUGAAGUCUUUUCACACAUUUUAGGAAUGGUAGCUGAACUUUCCCUGGAAGUAAGAUUGGCCUGUGAAAGCAAGGUUAAUCUUUACUAUAGAAGAAAAAAAAAGUCCUUGUACAAUCUCUUUUUGUUGCUAGCUUUUGUUUUUGUUUUUUCUCGUAAAAUAUCCCUGAAGCCCAUAGAGCUUUUAUACAGCUCCGCAGCAUUUUCAGGCAUGCUAAUAAGAGGGUAUGUGUCUACCUGGCUGUUAGCAAUGAGAAAUUAAGAACUUUGGCUGCUCUAAAUAAUGCUCAGAACUGUGAACGGUUAGUAAACAAGUCACAAGAUGAAAUUCCUUGGUACAACCUGCUUUGAUUAUCUUCAGACUCUCGGAAUAUUUGUAAGUGUUUCAGGCAGUUACUGUUUGCGAACAGAUAAAAAAGAGGGUUUGCCAGAUGACUGUUUUGUUGCACACUGAUGGUCCAGCUGUGGGCUGAGUAUGAAUGAGUGACAUCCACAUCAUUAAAUCAGUGCAGGGUUUAAGUUUUGUGUUUACCAACACCAUUUACCGAACAGCACACUGAAGAUCACCUGCAGUUUACCAAAUGAAAUAACCUUGCUGAUAAAACUGACAUUUCAACACUUAGAUGAGGGCAAUGCUGUCUUCUCCUGUCUAACCUAAUUUAGUAGUAUGGGCACCUUGGACUCUGUCUUGUCUGUGUGUACUUGUUCCUCUGUUUGUAGACUUUAUUUUAGUUCUUUAGUCUGCAGUAUAUCCUUCUGUACUGUAACGAUGUAUUGUAUUAUGGUAGCCAAAAAUCUGGUCCUCUGUGGGUGUUCCUAAGAAAAUAGACACUCCAGAAUAUUUCUGUCACUCCUUUUAUUAGAUGUGCUUUUUCCCAGCCAUCUGCUGGCAGAAUUUAGCUGAAAGUUACUAUUCUAAGGAACACUUUCAGGCUGUAGUAUCCCAAUAAAGAAAUAAAUGAGUUCUCUUGAAGCCAACGCUACCCACAGAUGAGAUAAUCAUUCUUUCCUGCCUUGGUGCUAAAAUUAACUAAUGAUAUCUCUUGGUGUUACUGUAGGACAGAAGUAUUUGAAGUGCAUCCCAAUUGUAUGUUCUUAAGCUGCAAAGUCUUUUAACACAGAUUCUAUUUGGCCUUUCUCCUGUCUUGCAGAAGUAAGCUCUAACAGGCUAGGAUAAAAUGCAUUCCUGUGUUAGCGAACUGAGCGAGCACUUUGCCAACCUCUGGGGGCUUCAUGCUGAAAAAAGAUGAGGUCAGCAAGAAACUAAACACUUCAAAAAGUCUAUUUUUAUAACCAUGUACAAAUAGCCAUAAACUUGUUGAAAUCAAUGCUAUUAUUACUGGUCAGACCCGUUGCAAUCCAUUUAAAAAUUGCACGAGGCACAAAGGUUUGUAAGUGGCCUCUUGUAGACUAAAUCUAUGAUUGCUGUUGUGAUUACUAGAAGUCUUGAGCAUUCUGUUGGCUUCCUUGUUUCAUUUUUAUUUAUUUAUUCUAUUGUUCUUUUGGCUAUUACAUGCAUCAGUUAAGACUUUAUGCUUUAGAUUUCUUUCUUUUUUUUUUUUUUUUUUGCUGAGAUGUGCAUAUAAUCUGAAAGUUUUUAGAAAUCAAUAUUUCUUUUAUUUACGAUGAAAUAAAAGAUUUGGAAAACAGUUUCUACUCACAUAAGAAAUCUUUAUGGAUCAAAGGGAGCAAUGGAAAAAAUAACUGGUGCUGAAUUCCUGCGCGAUUCUUAACACUUGGAACCCCAAAUAUCUCUUUUCUAAUUGAAGGAGAGGAAUAUAUAUGCACAUUAAAGAGAGAGAUGAUUAUGUAAGUGUGAGAUAAGGAGCACUUGAGUCUGAGAACUGGAUGUAUCAGAUGGCAGCCAUUUCAGUCUAUUCUUUUGUGCUAAUGUCUGUGUAGACAAAGGAAAUUAAUGUUAUGCUAAGCAUUUAUGUUUAAAACAAAGUGUGAUAAUGCACCCUGACCUGUAGCACCACUGCAGUGAUUCUCACAGAAGGACGUCCUAUCUGUGCGAUGUACUCAGCAUUAGAUAGAUGCAUUCUACUCUAAUGGGAUACUCCAAAGCUUUUCCCAAAAAAGUAAUUAUGUAUGUUAAUAACUCCUCACUUCUGUAUUGUUUCAUGAAUCAAAGGAACAACUGAUGUCUCUAAAAUAAAGUCCAGGCUUAAGUGCUUUGCUGGUUGGGGGCUGUACUGCACAGGAAAACUGAGAUGUUGGCUGUGUGAACAGACUCAAAGACUAUAGCAAAAAGUCCAUUUGUUUUAGGUUAGUUGCUGGUGAUUACGGUGAUCUUGAAUUAAUCUUUCUGAACCAGAAAAUAUUUGGGGCAAAGGAGAGUGAAAAUAGAGCAUAGAGAGGAGUGUAUGUUUUCCUGUUUAUUUACUUUUAGUUUGGGUUUGCGUAAUAGCUUUUAUUAUCUGCAUAAUUUUGAUAAGCAAAAACAAUGUUUCUAUUCUUUUCUUUCUGCACCAGAAACGCCAAUCCGGGAGUGCUCUGCAUACUAAAAAUGUCAGUGUUUAUUUGUUCUUUCUGAACUAAGAAGGAAGGAUUCUUCAUUAUUUUUCAGCAUAGCUUUUAUUGAAAUACAAUUUUCUUCUUUUGUCUCCUACCCUGUGACACUUAUAUUCAGGACCAACACAAAAAGGGCAGAGGGAGGGACCUAAGGUGCGGAGGCAAUGUUUCCAGAGAUCCUCAAAGAAUUCAUGUGAGAAGGGUGCAAAUGUCAUUAGUACUUCUUUCUGCAGCCUCUGCCCCUUCUUCCACGUCGCCUUUACUCCCUGAGCUGUAGGUCCAUCACGCCUGGUGGCUCAGUGGAGAGAGGGCCAUUUGUGUUUGUCCUCCCUAAUGGCAAGAACCCCCCCAGCGCUGCAGAAUGUCUUAUCAGCUGCAGUGAAUUUCACUCCGAGCUCUGUUAGAAUUGUUCUUACCUUUAAUAUUCAUGCAGGACAGCAAAAUCCCUGCCAGAAGCAAGAAUGUUAAAAAACUUCAGGGUUGGUUUUAGCAUUAGCUGACUUCAGACUCCCCCGGAGCAGGGUGACUUGGUGGGUAAUAGAUGUGGAUUUCUGCAGAGGGCAUCUCAGUGGUGGAUGCAGAGAUACUGUCCCAAAGGUUGUUCUUUUUCCUUUGGGACCAAAUGAUCUUAUUGUGUGUAUCUGUGUUCCUACCAGAACACCCUGAAGGGGUGUGAUUGCUCGGGAAUUACUUUUUUUUAGUUCUGUAUGGAAAUCCAUUAAUAAGAUACAACGAUCACAAAGGCCUUUUGAAAAACUGUUGGGAACGAGGAGUAGGCAGAAAAUGACACUGUGUCACGUCCUUUGUAACAGUCUAUGACAGGCUGAUCAUUGCUGAGCUCGUGACACAGGUCCUACUGAUUGUGCCACACAGCACUAGUGAGUGCAUAAGUGCUGGGUGGCACUGACGUUAAUCAUGGGCUUUGCUAUUGGACAGGGGCAGUAGCAAUUUCAGGGAUCGGUUCCUACUGUCCUGUUCUUAGAAUCACAGAAUGGUUUGGGCUGGAAGGGACCUCAGAGCCACCCAGCCCAACCCCUGCUGUGGGCAGGGCUGCCCCCACCAGCUCAGGCUGCCCAGGGCCUCAUCCAGCCUGGCCUUGAGCGCCUCCAGGGAUGGGGCACCACAGCUUCUCUGGGCAGCUGGGCCAGCGUCUCACCACCCCCUCAGUGAAAAAUUUCCCCAAUAUCUAAUCUAAAUCUCCCCUUUUAGUUUAAAACCACUCCCCCUCGGCCUACUACCCAUGUAAAAAAAGUUUUUCUCUCCUGUUUAUUAGCUUCCUUUAAGUUUUUUAUUAUUUUGAAAUCUUACAAUAAACCACAACUUUUAUGUAUUUGUCAGCUGUAGAAGUUUCCUCACAGAGAUUUAGAAUUCUGUUGAGACUCAGUACAAGAAACGUAAAACAAAGGAUGACCAGGCAAAAUAUGGAUCCUUUUGCAAAACAAAUUCUCAUAACUCAGCUUGCCAGCCUGCACUGUUUAUGCCUUCAACGUUCAUCAAGAUUUUGUUGAUCCUUUUUCCUUCUGGAGGCUUCUGUACAGCUCAGGCCACAUGAACCAACUGCGUGUGUCCUCCUUGCUAGAUAAUGGUUGUUACCCACACGGGUGUUUACAGUGAGCUUCUUGGGAGUAGUGCGAGGUAGUUUGAGAAGGAGCACAGACAUUUUAGACUUCUUUGAGCUAUGGAAUACCGAACAGUCUGGAUCUAAGGGUGUGCUUCUCUCUUUCAAGAAGAAAAGGAAAAUCUAAAAUGGGUCUUUUUAAGCAGAUUAUAAGGUGACAUGGGAAUCUUUAACAUUGAUGUUGACAUCUGUGAUGUCUUUCUUUUGGACCCUAGUUUAAAUUAUUUUAGUAACCCGUUUAGUGUUGUUAUACAGACUCCUUUAUUUCACUUUAAGAAGCAAGUUUACUGCUUCUCAAAGUUGUUCAGCAAUUCUGAAAAAGAAUAUGGAACAAAUGCUCCUCAGUUACAGUAAAAGUAAAUGAAAUUUAAUGAAAAGAUAACAAGAAAACAAGUCCUGCAGCAUAGCCAAACCCUUACCUGUAUUGGUACAGAUUUGUUAAAUACUUUAUCUGAGUCAGUUGACCUUAUUGUGAGAUACUGCCCUUGAAUCCGUAAUUGAAUUAUUUAACAGUUGUUCUUUUGUUUUUAAAGCAAGAGUCAAUGCAAGCAUCAUUUUAAAUCAGCGUGCUGAAGUGUGCAUAUUCUGUAUAUCGAAUGUCAUUGUUGUCUCUUGUUUCUGUAAUGCAUUUGCAUUACUAUGAAUCAGUUUUAUUAUGCUUCUCUAGAGACUAUUGCUGCCUGCACGCUGUGAUAUAUUUGCACUGUUGUAGAUAUAUAUAUAUACAUAUAUGUAAUUAUAUCAACCAUGUCUUUUUCAGGUUGCUUGUUACCUUUGUAGUUUACGCUUACUGGUACGGUGAACCUGAGUGAAAAUGUGGGAUGUGGGACAUUCUGAUGAUAUAUGACAACAAUAGAGAAAUCUUUGUAUAUUUCUGUAUACUUAAUACCCGUAAGAGAUUUGUAUGUGCAUUAUUUUCCAAACUAGGGCUUUGUUUUCUGAGAAUAGAGAGCAUUUAUGAUAAUGUAACAAAACAAAUAAAGUGUUAUUAUUUUCAGACA